ACACACACAACCCUAUCUAGCAACCUACCUAGGUAGUACUUAAUUUAAGCCUUUUCUUUUCUAAAAAAAAAAAAAAAAAAAAAAAAAAAAAAAAAGGCAACGAAGAAGGAGGAGAAAAAGACGACAAAAGAAAAGAAAUAAACAAAAUGGGCCGCACAGAACCCUCCCACGGCCGCCCCCCACCCGGCUUCCGGCGGGAUGUGCGCGCUAAGCGGGCCAAGGCGACGGUGAACAAGACGAUCCCGGCAAUGCUGGCGGCGCACCCGCGCGCGAGGAGGGGGGUGGAGGGGGCGGAGUUGGUUGUGGAUCCGCCUGUUGUGUCUCUUUCCCUUCCGCCUGCGAGGUCGUUGGGGAAGGUUGGUGGCGAGGGUGGUGGUGAGGGUGGCCCCAAGAAGAAGGGGAAAGGGGGGCGUGGUAAGGGUGGAGAUGGUGAGGAUGAAGGUAGAAAUGCGGGUGGCACAGUGAAGGAGGGAAAGGGGGGAAGGAAGGGGAGUACAGACAGCAGCAGAGGUAGUGUCAAAAAAGGCCCUCGCAUCUCGCUCCGGGUAACAGAUACUCUCACCGCAGCGUAUUCACUCCUUCUCCUCCCCGUCCCUACUACAUUUCCAUCCACCUCAUCCCCUCCCUCCCCCUCUUUUCCCACUUCCCCACAAGCAAAGCCCAAACAACAGCAACAUCACCGGGACUUAUCCAACACAACAACCCGCGUCGCAAUCCUCAACAUGGCCUCCCCCCUCUCCCCUGGCGGCGGCUUCCUCAACGGUGCCGCGGGCCAAGUACAGGAGGAAGCGGCGCUGUGUGCGCGCACCACGCUUUUUCCGUCGUUGCGGGAUGCGUUUUAUAGGCUGCCGGAGCUGGGGGUGGUUUGGACGAGGGAUGUGCUUGUUUUUCGGGGGAAUACGAGGAACACGCAUGGGAAGGGGGGUGGGAAGGGGAAAGCGGGGUUAGAAGAAGAGGACAUGGAAGAAGAAGGUGAGGAGGAAGAGGGUAAAGAAGAUAAAGAAAACGAGGAUAACGACGACGCCGAGAUGCCCCUCCUCCCCAAGCCCCGCCGCUGGUUCCUCGACGUCGCCACCGCCGCCAUGCUGCGGCACCCGGACAUCGAAGUCGAUCCCGUCUCGGGGUACGCGCAAUACACCGCCGCCGCUGACAGAGAGCUGGCCAUCCGCAAGAUGCGCGCCGUGAUGCGGGUUUUUGUUUCCAGGGGGGCAAAAAGGAUAGUGCUGGGGGCGUGGGGGUGCGGGGUUUAUGGGAAUCCUGUUGGUGAGGUUGCGAGGGCGUGGAGGAGGGUACUUUUGCCUGGUGGUGGGCGCAGCAAAGACAAAGACAAGGACGAAGACAAAGACGAGGACGAGGAUGGGUCGGAGAAGGUGAGAGGGAAGGGGGGCAAAGUAGGGAAAGGGAAGAAUAGCGAAAAUAACAAGAAACGAAAACCUGGAAACAUAGACUCGUGGGACCAGAUCGAAGAAAUCGUCUUCGCGAUCAAGGACCCGGGCAUGGCUCGCGCGUUUGCGACGGCGUUUGGAGAAGGUCUGAUAUACGAAGGCGACGGUGCCGAAGAAGAUGGAGAAGAGGAGAUGGUAGAAGAAGAAGAAGAAGAAGAAGAUAAAGCAACAAAGGAACUUCUCGCCAAGAUCCAAGAGCUACAAAUUCGCGUUGAGCAGGCUCGGACACCGCAGCUUAGAGACGGGCUUAAUGCCGUGUUGGUGGGGUUGAAGAGUCAGUUGCCUAUGCCUGUGCCUGAGGCGAAUAGAAGUAAUGUUGGGGGAUUAUCGCCUAGUGAGGAUCAAGGGGGUGAGGAUACGGACGAAGACGAGGAUGAGGAUGAGGAUGAGUAUGAGGAUGAGUAUGAGGAAAAUAAUGCCGAUUCAAGCGAAGAACUCGAAAAGGGGCAGAGUUAAAGUAGAGAGUUAAAAAUUCAUAAGAACAUAGUUUCUUGCUAAAACUUAUUUUCAUAAGGUUUAUUAUUACAUGUUCACGUGGCAUA